AUAGCUAGACCCACUUGGAGAGGUUUUUAAAAUCCGAAGUGUAUUCUCUACCAGCCGAUCGACUGCACAUGAAGUUUAAAAUGUAAAUACACUCUCAGUCAUAUAAACUCCUAUACACCCCUAAUUCCGUUUAAUUAUAAAUCUCAUUCUCUCUAUAUAACACGUGGUGAGUUACACCUAGCUACAGGAAUCUCUCUCUCAUUCGUUCGUGGAUAUUUUUUUUCUCUCGAUCCUACUACAAAGAUGGCGGCGUCUUUUUAUAGCACUCGAAAAAAGGAGAGGGAAAGGAAAGCUAGAAAACAGGAAGGAAAUAUGACAAAAAGAGGUCAAAGGCAAACAGACGAGAAAGAUGACCCAUUAAUAAUUCUCAGAGAAGAAAUCGAGAGAAUCAGGGCAUCCAUAUCCGACUCUUCAUUAACUCACAGACAAAGAUGGCGCCAGACAGAGGAUGUGGGUCUGCCUAGUUGCCUAAGAGUGUGCACAAAGCUGAAAGGGAAAAUAUCUCACUUAUCCAGUUUGGAUGCUGCAGAGGCGGAUAAAUUAUCAGCGGUGUACGACGAACUGUGUACAACUAUAAACGUCAUGGCCCAAGAUCACAAGGAAUACAUCUCCAACAUUUAUGACGAGGAGGAAGUGGUCAAAAAGUACUACAACAAGACAGUACUGGACAUACUUGAGCUGUGGUCCAGCUGUGCCUCAGCGACUGUAGAUCUGAUGAUACCGCUAGUAGAGCAGUAUUGGGAAAACCAGAGUGAAUUUGAACAGCUUGCCAAGAAAAUAUCGAAUACAUGUUCUGCUUGUGUCAAAUUUACCGCCAUGACCGUUAAUUUAACGGAGCACCCAAUUCCAGAAAAUUGUGGAAGUGACGUCAAAGAAAAGGCAACACAGGAAAUGAACAACACAGCAGACACGUUGAGUCGAUUGAUACAAGCCGUCAUCAAAACAUCACUGAAGGUGUCCGAGGACAGCCUACUGGACAUGACGAUGUGGUUACUGUUCAGUGUACAUCACGUGGCCCAGAACGUCCUACAGCCUAAGGAUAAACCUACCACAGAAAGCAAGGAGGAGGAAGGAACCGAAGAGACAGAGAAAGAAAAUAAAGACCCUGAACCAGUCAAGGAGAGCACUGACGUCACAGCUAGCCUCAAUAAUCUGCUGACUCAGCUUGAUGCCCUGCAAAUGGAGCUCAGUAACCAAUACGUUAUUGAGAAAAACGAACAAAACACUGAAGGUGGAGAAACAGACGACAGCUGCAAAAAUGAUCAGCAGGCUAUCAACAAAUUGGCCAAUGUUUACACAGGUGUCGUAGACAAGAUUUGUGAAAAUGGAAAAGUAACAGUCUGUAUUGAUGAUCCAAACGGAAGUGACGCAACAAUCUACUACAAACCGGAUGUUUACACUGAGGUUGCUAACUGCUCCCUUGGCUCUUGUCCAAUGAGAGAUCGCGAUACAUGGUUGGACGAGAUUCCCUUGACCUCCGACCAGGUGCUUGUGUCUGACGUCUACGUCGUCAGAAAUGGACCGUUACGGACGUCGGCGGAAGUUGAGAUCGAUUUCACAUACGUUCCUUUGUCCAGCACUAAGAACAAGACUAUUAAAGUUAUCGCAAAACAGGACGGCGAAUGGAAAGAGGUGGAGACAGUGAAUGAGGAAUCUGAUGAGAGUAGCGCUCAUCUUUCCUUUAAGACCAAAUGUUUGGAAGCAUUCACUGCCUACGUUGAGAUCCUCUCGGAGACUUGUGAAGUGACACCCGAAGAAACGACCUUUACGAGCGAGGUCAACCCAGAUGUCAAGGUCAUUUUUUCUCCUGGAUUAGUUGCUGAAACGAAGCAAAUAAAAAUAAAGGUCAUUCCUUACGAUGCAAGGGAGGUGGCAAAUCUCAAAGAACAAUGCCCGGAUUCAGUGCGAGGAAUCAUGGCCGUUUCUGAUGCUGUGGAAAUUCGGAUGGACGGAGAGUGUGAUGACACCAAAAACAUUAGCGUCCAGGUUUCCAUGGACGACGAAGAGGACCAGGAUUCACAACUUGUUGUCAUCAGGUUUAAAGAGGGGAAAGUACAAGUACUGGACAAAUCGCAAUGUCGUCUUAAAAAAGACAGAAACUUAUUUCUAGUAGAAACAAAGGGUGUCUGGGGGAUAGCCGUAGCAAGAAUCAGAAAAAUCUUCCUUAACAUGAGAGACACUGUAAAGAAAGAGUUCCAGUUGAUCUUUGGACUAGUUCAGCUCUGUAACAUCUGUACGUUUAUUGACGAUUCACAGAGGAACAAAGAGGAAGGCUCCUUCUUUGUUUGGAUCGAAUGCAUCGAUAAAAACAUGAUUCGAGAUGAUGUCGAAAACAAAGAGAAAGCUGGGCUGAUCGAGGUUAAACAAAGCAGGUCUAAGGACAUCACCUUGCGGCAGAAACAGACCUUGAUUUUGAAAGUAGAUGGACAAGUUAAACUGCGGUUGGCUGAUCCACCGGAUGCGUUUAAGAUCACGUAUUUGAUUGGUGCAGAUAAUCACGUGAAUAUUCCGAUGGAAGUUCAUAGAGACCAAGAGAAGAUACCGUACGCAGCUUUUGCAUUUUAUGAAGAGGAUUGUGCACAUCCAUUCCAUAGUGUUAAUAUUCCCGUUCGGGAUUUGUCCGAGCUACCCACAGACGAAAUAACUGCAAAAACAUUCAACAAAAACAAUGAAAGCAACAACCUUAGGGAACAAAUGAAGCAGAAAGAAGAAGCUGCAAGGAAGAUGUUGUCACAUGACAGCAUUAUGAACCUGUCACGUGUUCUCUCGGAGAGAGACGGGCGCAUGCUCGGUGUACAGUUAGGCGUGAGUGAAAGUUGGACGGCAAACGCUAAGGAUGAAUGCGAUGGGGAUAUAUUACGAACCAUCUUCCGGGUUCUUUGUGAAUGGAGGGGGAAAGCUGCAAGGGCCGCCAUGGUUGAUUUCCUUAUAUCGUCACUGAAAACUGUCGGAAGAAUUGACUUGGCAAACGUUGUGUCCGAGGUUUACAAAAAUGGGCGUGGUCUUUCAAAGUUGGAUUUUGAUUGAUUUGCUGAUGAGUCUGUUGAUUGGUUUAAAAUCUUAUUAAAUAUGAAAUCAUCUGUGAUAUUUUUGUAUUUUACUGACAUUUGACUUGCUUUUAUGCAAACUUAAAGGUGUUUUAGUCUGUGAAAGUAUUAUUUAUUUUGCUUAUAUUUCGUUUAUAUUUGAAUUUUAUAACUAAAUAUGGUGCGAAUUCAGAAUUUGUUCAUUUUCAUUCUUGUUAACGUUUGUACAUGUAAUUUUGAUGUAUAUUUCUGUGUUGAUUGUUUUUAUUCAACUUUAAAAAUAAAAUUUAUCAGACUUGU